AAUCUGGGAAAAGAGAAACAAAGCUGAUCUGUAAAGCUAAACAGUGAGCAGGAUUAUUCUUCCUACUGGAAUCUGACAGUUUACUGGAUGACUGGAGAGAACACAGCCUUAAAAAGCAACUUUGCUCCUUGAAAAGGAGGAGGAAAAAGAAGACUCUCAUUGAUCAACUUUCAGCCGUGGUAGCAGCGUAGCCCAGCAUUUUAACGGGCAGCUGACAUUCUCGACUCUCGUGUGCCUUCCACUUUGGUGAACUGGUGCUUUAUCACGAGGAGGAAGAAUGUGGCAGAUUGUCUGCUUUGCUCUGAGCUGUGAUCUUGUCUUAGCGGCAGCCUACACCAACUUUCGGAAAAGCAUGGACAGCAUAGGGAAAAGGCAGUAUCAGGUUCAGCAUGGAUCGUGCAGCUACACUUUUCUCCUGCCGGAGAUGGACAACUGCCGCUCCUCUUCCAGCGCCUACGUCUCUAAUGCUGUGCAGAGGGACGCACCACUAGAUUACGAUGAUUCGGUGCAGAGACUGCAAGUACUGGAGAAUAUCAUGGAAAACAACACCCAAUGGCUGAUGAAGCUUGAGAAUUAUAUCCAGGACAACAUGAAGAAGGAAAUGGUAGAGAUGCAACAGAAUGCAGUCCAGAACCAGACAGCUGUGAUGAUAGAAAUCGGAACAAACCUGCUAAAUCAAACAGCGGAACAGACACGGAAAUUGACAGAUGUGGAAGCACAAGUAUUAAAUCAGACAACAAGACUUGAACUUCAGCUUCUUGAACAUUCUCUUUCUACAAGUAAAUUGGAAAGGCAGAUUUUGGAUCAGACCAGUGAAAUAAACAAGUUGCAAGAUAAGAACAGUUUCCUCGAGAAGAAAGUCCUAGAUAUGGAAGACAAGCAUGUAGUCCAACUACAAACAAUAAAAGAGGAGAAAGAUCAACUGCAGGUGUUAGUAUCCAAGCAAAAUUCCGUUAUUGAAGAGCUGGAAAAACAAUUGGUGACUGCCACUGUGAAUAAUUCAGCCCUUCAAAAGCAACAGCAUGAUCUAAUGGAAACAGUUCAUAAUUUAUUGUCUCUGAUGUCAACAAAUUCAGCUAAGACCUCUGCUGUGAAAGAAGAGCAAAUCAUUUUCAGAGACUGUGCUGACGCAUUCAAAUCUGGACUUAAGAAGAGUGGCAUCUACACAUUAACAUUUCCCAAUUCGACACAAGAGAAAAAGGCUUUCUGUGACAUGGAAUCAAGUGGUGGUGGAUGGACAGUUAUUCAGCGACGUGAAGAUGGCAGUGUUGAUUUUCAGAAGAUUUGGAAAGAAUAUAAACUGGGCUUUGGUAAUCCUUCAGGAGAGCACUGGCUAGGAAAUGAGUUUGUUUCCCAACUGACUAACCAGCAGCGCUAUGUGCUGAAAAUACAGCUUAAAGAUUGGGAAGGGAAUGAGGCAUACUCAUUGUAUGAACAUUUCUAUCUCUCAAGUGAAGAACUCAAUUACAGGAUCCACCUUAAAGGACUUACAGGGACAGCCGGCAAAAUAAGCAGUAUAAGCCAACCAGGAAAUGAUUUUAGUACGAAGGAUGCAGACAAUGACAAAUGUAUCUGCAAAUGUUCACAAAUGCUAACAGGAGGCUGGUGGUUUGAUGCAUGUGGUCCUUCCAACUUGAACGGAAUGUACUAUCCACAAAAGCAGAACACAAAUAAAUUCAAUGGUAUUAAGUGGUACUACUGGAAAGGAUCAGGCUACUCGCUCAAGGGUACAACCAUGAUGAUCCGACCGGCAGAUUUCUAAAUGCUCAUGCCCAUCGAAUGCUUGGUGCAUUGUACUGUUUUCAAAGACUUAUCCCAAAGCACUGAGAGACUCAACCAAAGGCUUUCUCCUUUUUCCACCUCACACCACCUGCUUUUGGGGGCUGAAGGAACCAAGAGCUCCAAAUGGGAUGCAGGAAUCUCCCUCACUCAAACCAGCACCACUGAACAUAUCAAAGCACAACCCAAACAAAGAGGCCUGCCUGCUAUCUGGAUUUGGUCAAACUCCUGUGUGGAAAGUAAAUUUAAGGUUGAGAAUCAGACUGCCAAUCGACACAUCCUGUUAUUGCAACCAAGAAACAUGUGAGUUUAUCAGUAAAUAACUGGAAAACAGAACACUUAUGUAAUAUAGUACAGGUCAUCUUGGAAAUGCAUUCUUCUAAGCACUGUUUAUAGAUUGUGUAAAUACACACACACGUCCUGAAUUCAGUACUAAAUUCUCAUAACUAAAAUGGAGAAGAAAAUAUGUAAAAUUCUGUAAGCAAUAAAAAUGUAUACAGUAUUCAGAGAUAGUCAAAGAAAUAGUGGUUAGCAUUGUAACAUUUGGGGAAGGAAAAACAUAGUUAUUGCAUUUCAAUUCGUAUUAGGUGCUUGAAACUUUUAUGUUGAAAAAUCGUAUAGCUACAUAUGUGUUGACAACUGAAGGAGUUUAUAUGGUAAAAACUUCCAGGGCCCUACACUAACCAAUAGAAAUCUGUGUCAGUCUAGUUUAUAUGAAGAUUGUACUAUUUUUUUUCUACCUGGUUGUUAAAUAUAAUGGUAUUUUUAGUAAUUAAAUAUAACUUAUUAGGUGAA